UUGGGUUUCCCGGUUGAAUCCUCCUGUUUUGCGAACAUGGCAGGGUUGAGCGGCGGCCCCUUCAGCUUCGGGCGGUGCAGCCACGCCGUGGUGCGGGCGCUGCCGGAGUCGCUGUGCCAGCAGGCGCUGAGGCGGGAGAAGGCGAAAGAGGUGGACUUCGCGCGCGCCGAGCGGGAGCAUCAGCUCUACGUGGGGGUGCUGAAGAACAAGCUGGGGCUGCAGGUGUUGGAGCUGCCCGGCGACGAGAGCUUGCCCGACUGUGUCUUUGUGGAAGAUGUGGUCGUGGUGUGCGAAGAGACGGCUCUCCUCACGCGCCCGGGGGCGCCCAGCAGGAGGAAAGAGGUUGAAGCAAUGAAAACAGCACUUAACAGUCUUAGCCUGAAUAUUGUAGAGAUGACAGAUGACCAAGCAACCUUGGAUGGAGGAGAUGUUUUAUUUACAGGUCGGGAAUUUUUCGUGGGUCUUUCAAAGCGGACCAACCAUCGUGGUGCAGAAAUUCUGGCAGACACCUUUAAGGAUUAUGCUGUUUCUACAGUCCCUGUUGCUGACUCCUUGCAUCUGAAAAGCUUUUGCAGCAUGGCUGGACCAAACCUCAUUGCUAUUGGUUCAAGUGAAGUUGCGCAGAAAGCCCUCAAGACAAUGCAGCAGAUGAGUGACCACCGUUAUGACAAACUUACAGUUCCUGAUGAUGCAGCAGCAAACUGUGUGUAUUUAAACAUUCCUGGAAAAGGUCAUGUUUUGUUGCACCGAGCCCCUGAGGAGUAUCCAGAAAGUGCAAAGGUAUUUGAAAAACUGAAGGACCACAUGUUGAUCCCUAUAGCAAACACCGAGCUAGAAAAAGUUGAUGGUGCACUCACUUGUUGUUCGGUCCUUAUUAAUAAAUCUUCACAAUUAUGAGUUUACAGAUUUCCUUCCUUGUAUAUGGCAAUAAUGUACAUGCAAGGCAAAUGAAUCUGUAUUUCACUUGUAUUGGUUUUCUUGACAAUCUACUGUACCACUGUGCUACUGACCUUUGUUUACAAUGGUGCCCCUUCACUUGUAAUUAAGGUGCGUGUAUAUGCUUUUUCUUGACAUAUAAAGAUUUGAAGCAUGUUUGUCUGGAUUUCCAAAAAAAUGUUAUGAAAAUUAAUGGUUUAUGUAGUAGAUGUAAAAUGAUCUCAGAAGCAUAAGUAGGGGCCACUUCUAGCAUCACUUUUGACUGGGGCACAAUAACAACUAGAUACAUAUCUACUAUGCUGAACAUUCCUAUAACUUACCUUGAGAUCUUAGGACUUGAGUUUAAAAUCAAGUCAUUGAAGACAUAUGGCCAAAUGCCAUACAAAAUGUAAUACUGGACUUCCUUGCAGCCCGUUUUAUGAAUUUGUCAUCCACAAAUUCUUUCCACCCCAAUGUAAGAGUAAAACACUUGUUUUUAUAUUGCUAGUGAUUUUGUUACAGGAACUUUAUAAUGCUCCUUGGAGAGUUAAUCCACUCUUUUUCCACUGCUCUGCGAAAGUUCCAGGAUUGACAUUCAUAAGUCAUCAAAUAUUUGCCAGCUGCAAAAGGCAUAAAAGUGGAAAAUUACAAGUGCUUACAAUACCACAGUAGUUAGUCUUCAAGUAUGGGCUAUUAGGAAGAUAAGGGUUCAGAGACAUACAUCUUCAUGCAUUUAUUCUUACAUGAUCUCAAAUAAUUUCUUUUCCUUGCUUUGGGGAUGUUAAUUGUAAUUAGAUUAGAACAUGAGAGGGAAAUCUGCACUGGACAGGAUAAUGCCUAUAUAUGUGUUUCUUUAAUAAAAAUAAGGCAUCUGUUUAAAUAGAAGAGCCUCAUAUAUGAAAAUGUUGUUGAAAGUUUGAAAGCUUGAGAAGUAAACAUGGAUCCAAAAAUAUAUUACAAAAUAUUGAAGGAUUUUAGAAGUAAUACUGGAAUUGGCCCAGUUUUAAUCUAGUCUGACUUUUGGUCAACCUUCUCCUUAGUUGUGCAAUUCUGCUUUUUUAGGAGGGGACAGAGAGUUCUAAGUUAUAGAUAACCAAAAGGAAAUUCAGUAAUUCUUCCUUUAGUGUAGUGCAGUGUAAAACACUACUGUAGUGUUUUACAACUGCAGUGUAAAACAAAUUACAAUUAUCCUAGAAAAUUUAUUUUCUUUUUAGUGCCUUGGAAGAAAACUGUGAAUGAAAUUAAUUACAAAGUGU